AGCCAUUUUUAUAAUUCUUAUCACUCGAAUUCCAAAUUUUUCUAUCUUAUUUUCGUACAACACGGAAACGCCGAAAUAAGAGUUACAAGAAGUAAUUUUUAUAUAAAUUGUAGUUAAUAAAUUAUUUUUUUUGAAAUGGCAAAUUCAGCUAGAAUUUUUUCACGUAUUGCAAUUUGUAAUUUAUUGGGAGUGAGAUCAUCGUCCAACUCUGUUGAUCCGAGAAUCUAUGCAGAAACUAGAAAAAAUUUACAGUUAAAUAAAAAUACCAAAGUUAUUUGCCAAGGUAUGACUGGUAAACAAGGUACAUUUCAUACAACACAAGCUUUAGAGUAUGGUACUCAAAUGGUUGGUGGUGUUUCACCUGGUAAAGGAGGAAAAACACAUUUGGGUCUUCCAAUUUUUGAUUCAGUAAAAGAAGCUCGCAAUGGAACGGGGGCUGAUGCUACAGUUAUUUAUGUUCCACCUCCGGGUGCUGCCAAAGCAAUUUUAGAAUCCAUUGAUGCUGAAAUUCCAUUAAUUGUUUGUAUUACGGAAGGUAUCCCUCAACAAGAUAUGGUGCGGGUUAAGCAUAAAUUAAUCAGACAAAAUAAAUCUAGAUUACUUGGUCCAAAUUGUCCUGGAAUUAUUGCACCAGAACAAUGUAAAAUUGGUAUUAUGCCUGGACAUAUUCAUAUGAAAGGAUGUGUUGGUGUAGUAUCUCGUUCAGGUACACUAACCUAUGAAGCAGUUCAUCAAACAUCUCAAGUUGGUCUUGGACAAACAUUAUGUGUUGGUAUUGGUGGUGAUCCUUUUAAUGGGACUGAUUUCAUAGAUUGUUUGGAAGUUUUUCUUCAUGAUCCAAAAACAGAAGGUAUUAUACUUAUUGGAGAAAUUGGUGGCCAACAAGAAGAAAUGGCAGCUGACUACUUAAGUAAACAUAAUUCUGGUCCUAAUGCCAAACCAGUUGUUUCAUUUAUUGCGGGUUUAACUGCUCCUCCGGGUCGCCGUAUGGGCCAUGCUGGAGCCAUAAUAUCAGGAGGCAAAGGUGGAGCACAAGAUAAAAUUGAUGCAUUAGAGAAGGCUGGUGUUGUUGUUACUAGAAGUCCAGCUGCUAUGGGAAUUGAGUUAGCUAAAUUAAUGAAAAAAUGAUGAACUUCAAUGCUGCUAGUUUGGUGCUUAACUUGAUUUCCUUUUUGUUAGAUAUCAUAUUCUUAAUUUUUAUCCUUGAUGUAAAAUUUUCUAGGGGAAAUUUGUAUGAUGAAAUUUCCUGUACAGUUAUUUAUGCUUGUUAAAAAAGACACACAAACAUAACUUACUACUGACAAAGAAAUGUCAUUUUUAUCACCUAUUUUAUUGUAUAAUGUUGAAAUAUGUACUACAUUAAAAGUAAAUAUUAAUUACAUAUAUUUCACUUAAGUAAAUCAAUGUUUUCUUUUUUUAAAUAAUACCUAUUUUUUAAAGUAUUGCACUUCAUAAUGUUUCAAUCUUUAUUAAAAAUAAUGUAUAAAAAUUUUAAUGUUAAAUGUUUAAAUUAUUGUUUUUUUUUAUAAUUUUGUUCUGUAAUUUUUGGAAUAAAAUACUUUAUAAAAGAAAGCUAUGUGUUAUCACCAUUACAACAAGCAAGGCUGGACAUUAAAGUGUUAAAAAGUUACAAGUUUAACUUUUUAACUUAACUAAUUUUUUAUUUUUACAUUAACUUAAUUGGUAACUUAAUCAAGUCAUUUUAACUUAAUAAUUAACUUUGAUUUUUUUAAUAAGUUAAGUUAGUGUUCAGUAAUUGUUAUUAAUAGAGUAUUUAGUAUUGUACUGGAAUAAUAUAAAUUGUUUUUAUUAAUUUGAAAUAAUAUAAAUGAUCACUAUGGAUAUAUUAGUCUUAAAAAGCCAUUAUCACAACAGCAAUAUCACAAUUAUGUGCUUUGGAUAAAUAAUGUAAUAGUUUCUAAGAAAUUUAUGAACUGAAUGGUAUUAUAAUAUCUAUAUACUAAUCAUUUAAUCUAU